AUGGUGUUGCAUUAGGAUGAACCUGUCAUGAAACCCUGGUUUGCUGAGAUGAAGAAUGCUGUCGUCGUGCCACACAUUGCUUCUGCUUCAAAGUGGACUCGUGAGGGAAUGGCAACGUUAGCCGCUCUAAACGUCUUGGGCAAGAUCAAAGGAUAUCCAGUCUGGGGUAAUCCGAACCAAGUCGAACCGUUCUUGAACGAGAACGCUCCACCUCCUGCAGCAUGUCCAAGCAUCGUCAAUGCGAAAGCAUUAGGGUUUCUAUCACCGCCAGUGAAGGAAUCUUUGGGAGAAAUAAUGGCGUCGACAUCAAAGAAGAUAAUGUUGAGGAGCUCCGACGGCGAGGCCUUCGAGGUGGAGGAAGUGGUGGCGGUUGAGUCGCAGACGAUCAAACACAUGAUCGAGGACGACUGCGCCGACAGCGAGAUCCCUCUCCCGAACGUCACCAGCCAGAUCUUGUCUAAGGUCAUCGAGUACUGCAAGAAGCACGUCGAUGCCGCCGCCAAGGAAAAGAACUCCGAGGAUGAAAUCAAGGCUUGGGAUGCCGAUUUUGUCAAAGUUGACCAAAAUACCCUCUUUGACCUCAUCUUGGCUGCGAACUAUCUGAAUAUCAAGGGGUUGUUGGACUUGACCUGCCAAACUGUGGCUGACAUGAUAAAGGGGAAGACACCGGAGGAGAUUCGCAAGACCUUCAACAUCAAGAACGAUUUCACCCCUGAGGAAGAGGAGGAGGUUAGGAGGGAGAACCAGUGGGCGUUUGAAUGAUAGGGAAGGUUUUAAAUUAGAUGUUGAUAUUCAGUAUUUUCUGAUGCUUUUUUGGAGGUUUAUCAGUAGGUUUUUCAAGUUGAGGAACAUUGGCUGUGUUUGGGUUAUUUU